GACGUCGCGCACUUCAACAGCGCGGGGUCGUCCCCGCCGCCGAAGCCGGUCCUGGACGCGCAGCUCGAGUACCUCGCCGUCGAGGCCAACUUGGGCGGGUACGAGACCGCGGAGCUGAGCAAGAGAGAGCUCCGCAGGCCGUACGCGGAGCUCGCGACGAUGCUGGGCUGCGAGAGGGACGAGAUCGCGAUCACGCAGAGCGCGACGUCCGCGUGGCAGCUCGCGUUCUCGUCCCUGGAGAGGACGUUCGCUCGCGGCGACCGCGUCCUCGUCGCGCGCGCGGAGUACGCGUCCAACUACAUCGCCUACCUGCAAGCGUCGGAGCGCACCGGCGUCGUCGUCGAGGUGAUCCCGAGCGACGCCUACGGACAGGUGGACGCGGACGCGCUCGACGCGACGCUCUCGGACGCCUCGAAAGGGAAGUGCAGGCUCGUGUCCAUCGUGCACGUGCCGACGUCGAGCGGGCUCGUUAACGACGCGGUCGCGAUCGGCGCCGUGGCGAAGAAGCACGGCGUGCCGUACCUCCUGGACGCGUGCCAGAGCGUCGGACAGAUGCCCGUGAACGUGAACGAGAUCGGCUGCGAUUUCCUGUGCGGCACCGGGAGAAAGUACCUCCGCGGCCCGCGCGGGAUCGGGUUCUUGUACGCCCGCGGCGAGACCGUGGAGGCGAUGAACCUCGUCCCCGCGUACAUGGACCUCCACGGCGCGACGUGGGAGGAGACGGAGACGUACGAGCCCGCGGAGGGGGCGAAACGGUUCGAGCAGUACGAGGUUUCGUUCGCCGCGAAAGUCGGCCUGGGCGCCGCCGUCGCGUACGCCAACGCGAUCGGCGUCGACGCGGGGUGGCGCCGCACGCGAUACCUCGCGGAGACGCUCCGCGUGGGGCUGCGCGACGUGAAGCGCGUCGUCGUGCACGACCAGGGCGAGGUCCAGUGCGGGAUCGUGACGUUCACCGUCGGCGGGGUGUCCCCCUUCGACGUCCGCAGGCGACUCGCGAGGGACGGCGUGAAGGUGUGGACGUCGAACGUGAAGAACAACACGAAGCUGGAGCACGAGCGGGAGGAGGGGACGCCGGAGGUUGUCGUGCGCGCGAGCGUGCAUUACUUCAACACCGAGGAGGAGAUC